UCCAGCAGCAUUUAGACACAGCGAAAGGAUCAUGGCGGAUGGCCCCAGGUGUAAGCGCAGAAAGCAGGCAAACCCGAGGAGGACAAACGUAAGUAACUACAGUCAUGUGCUGGAGGGCCAGUCGGACUCAGAUGAUGAAGAUAAGCUUCACAUUGUAGAGGAGGAAGGGAGUCUCCUGGAUGGGGCUGACUGUGACAGCGUGACCCUUGAUGACGACCCUAACGGGGCUGCUGACCCAGAUGGCAGAUGGGAUGAUGUGAAAGACGAGUGCAUGUCAGAUGAGGAUGAGAGGAGCAGAGAUGCUUUGGUUGAGGAGAUGCUCCAACAAGGAGACACGGCCGUCAUCUUCCCAGAGGCACCAGACGAUGAACCACGACAAGGCACACCAGAGACAAGUGGACAUGAUGAAAAUGGCACACCGGAUUCGUUUUCUCAGCUCCUUACCUGUCCGUAUUGCUCUCGUGGCUACAAGCGUUACACCUCACUGAAGGAGCACAUUAAAUACAGACACGAGAAGAGUGAGGACAACUUCAGCUGCUCGCUCUGCAGCUACACCUUUGCCUACCGUACACAGCUGGACAGACACAUGACUGCACACAAAGCCGGCCGAGAACAACGGCAUGUUACUCAGUCAGGUGGAGGAGGGAAUCGAAAGUUUAAAUGCACUGAAUGUGGCAAAGCCUUCAAAUACAAACACCACCUGAAAGAACACCUGCGCAUCCACAGUGGAGAAAAGCCUUAUGAAUGCUCCAACUGCAAGAAGCGUUUCUCUCAUUCGGGCUCCUACAGUUCCCACAUCAGCAGUAAGAAGUGCAUCGGCCUCAUCGCUGUAAACGGGCGGCCACGACCCUCUCCCACCACUGGGGCUGCCAAGACCCCUCAGUGCUCCUCCCCAUCCCUGCCAACCUCUUCUCCUACAGCACGAGCCCAAGUCAGAGACAAACUGGACAACAGCAAACCCCUUCAGGAGCAGCUUCCCAUGACACAGAUCAAGUCUGAGCCACUGGAAUAUGAGUACAAGCCUGUGGUGGUGGCCCCCUCUACUAGAGGGUUAAAUGGCAUGUUCCAGGGUGGAGCUGCAGCCCCCCUACAGGGUGCUGUACAGGCUGUUGUGCUCCCAACAGUGGGACUGGUCUCCCCAAUCAGCAUCAACUUGGGGGACCUGCAGAACAUGCUGAAGGUGGCAGUGGAUGGGAACGUCAUCAGGCAGGUGCUUGAAGGCACACAGAUCAAGGGGCAGCAAGGAGGGACAGGAAUUGUUGGAGCAGGAGGGGUGGUCAUUGCCCAGACACCCCAGCAAGUCAUCCAGGCCAUUAGUCUUCCCAUCUUGGAUGAGGAUGGCAAUGCCAAGAUCAUCAUCAACUACAGCCUAGACCCUUCACAGGGCCAAGCAGUCCUGCAGAGUCCAAAGAAGGAGACGUUUGGGCCAAACACAGAGGUCUGCAAAGGUCAGAAGCUGCCAGAGGACCUGACUUUCAAGAUAAAUAGGGACAAAACUACCAUGAUUGUGGAUGAGAAGAUAAUGCUACACAAUGACCCAACACAUAAGCACUGUGGUAAAGAUGGACAUAGGGUAAAUGGGAAAAAUCUUGAGGCAAAGAUGGAUUUGGAAGGACUGUGUCCUGGUAAGCCUCCACUAAAGAACCUUCUCUCUUUGCUUAAGGCUUACUUUGCCUUAAAUAAUGAGCCAACCAAGGAGGAGCUGGCAAAGAUAUCAGAAUCCGUCAGUCUUCCAGCAGAGGUGGUGAAGAAGUGGUUCGAGAAGAUGCAGUUGGGACAGAUAUCUGUAGAUCCCUCUUCGCCCUUGCCUGAAGAUGAGCAGACCAAUCCUGGUGAUCUGGAUGGGACUAAUGGGGAUGGAAUACCCAGACUGGAGCCGGAUGAGCAAAUGAACUCAGAGGAGCAAGGGCAGAGGAAAAGCUGUAGCCCAGCAGAGGGCAUUCCAGCUGGGAUGAAUGGGAUUGAGAGUGCCCCUACAUCCCCUUCACCACUAAACCUGUCCCACGAUGGUCCUGUCCCAUCCAGGACUGCUGAGGAAGGUGAGGGCCCCCUCGAUCUAUCUCUACCAAAAUCCGCUACUGCAGCUGCUGUAGCUAGCGGUAAUGCUAACACUGUUUACUCGGCUCAAGAGGAGCCACUGAAUUUGACUUGCACAAAAAAGGAACUGCUCAGCAAUGCAAGCACCAAUGCUACCAUAUUUGCCAGCCAACCAAGUGCCAAUCCCAUAAACAUCAUGACCACUCAACUGCCCACGCUAGUGGCAAUCACUGAGCAGGGACAAGGGCAAUGUCUACGUGCACUUACCACCACUAAACAGACAAUCCUGAUCCCACAGUUGGCCUAUAGUUACACCACUACAUCCUCCAGCCCAGUAGGAGUCGACACACCACAGAAGAACAUACUGCAGGUCAAUGGUAUCAAGGAGGAGAAACAUGAGAUGGGGUCAGAGGUCAACUCAGCAUUGGAAGAACAGACAGACUCAGACUCGGGGCCAACCAGGAAGAAAAUGAAAAGGAUGGAGAGUGGUCUUUAUGCCUGUGACCUAUGUGACAAAAUCUUCCAGAAGAGCAGCUCGCUGCUCCGCCAUAAAUAUGAACAUACAGGUAAAAGGCCUCAUGAAUGUGGGAUCUGCAGCAAGGCCUUCAAACACAAGCACCACCUGAUAGAGCACCUGCGCCUGCACUCCGGAGAAAAACCCUACCAGUGCGACAAGUGUGGCAAGCGCUUCUCCCACUCCGGCUCCUACUCGCAACACAUGAACCACCGUUACUCCUACUGUAAGAAAGAGGCUCAGGGUCAAGGGCUGGGCCAGGGGGCCGAGGAAGAGGACAACCCCGCUGAGGAGCAACCUCAGACGGGCAGCGCAGCAACCACGCCUCCUUCCCACCUUGACUCAGACGAGCGGGGGAGUAGUACCAGAGAGGAUGAGAGCGAGGAAGAGGAUGAGAUGGGCUCGGGGAGCAUAGUGGAUGAGGAUGAGAUUCAGGUGGUUAAGAUUGGGGAGGAAGGAGGAGAGGAGGGAGAUGAGGAGGAAGGAGAGACGAUUGAGGGGGCCGAGCAAGAGGAGAGGGUGGAGGUCCGAGAAAACGGCGAGGAGGAGACAGAGGAGAUGCAUGGAGGUGAGAGGGAGGAAAUGGAGGCUGAUGGAGAAAAUGAAGGACAGAUGCUGAAGAUCGUGGUGAUGCAGGAUGAAUGUGUAGAGGAGGAACACAGAGAUGAAGAACAAACAGAGGAGGAAGCCAUGGACACAGGAGCUCUUGAACACACAACAGACAUGACAGAAAGAGCGGAGGAGAAAGAGGAGCCACCGGAUGAUAUGAAAGACAGUGAAAAUGAAGGAAACACACCCGUUAUGAAUGGAGACGUAAAAUGAAGAGAAACCACAACUGUGUUUUAAUGACUCUUGUUUCUUACAACGUUGUUUUACAAAGUUACUAAAAAAGACAUUUUCUCUCUGCAGAUGUUACUCUCUUCCUGAGAUUUGACUGUGUGAAUGCUAACAGGAGAGUGAGAGGAGGAAAGAAAGAAAGAAAGAUAGGAAGUAAGCACGAUUGCUCUUACGCUGCAUUUAAGCCCACUACUGUGUAGAAAACCCCCGGGUGUGCCUGAUAAAUACAAACUAGUAACUUUUUCCACAUAAAGACAAUUUUCAGUGUUUGAGUAUGUUUGUAUAAAUGCAAAGUUUAACGAAAAAAAUUACAAAAAAAGUGAAGCAUAUAUGGACUGAAAGCUAGACACGUUUUGGCUAAUAAUGUUUUAUUACUAAAACGCCUUGGGUCAAAUUCCUUUAUCAGUAUUACUAAUUUUUUGUCACUCUCAGUUUACCCUGAAAAGAUGUACAGUUGGGAGAGAGAGAGAUUUCUAUACGUUUUUAUUGCCUAUGAACAAAACUCAGUAUUUUCUUGCAGUUGAAGGAGAAAAAAAAAGAAUCCUGUGCACUACCAUAUUCCCAGUUUACCUACGGAACACCUAUAUGGGCCUUGUGUUGUUUAAUGUCUACCUUCCAGUAUUAGCGCCCCAUGCCACGCUAGCGUUUGCUGGCACAACAUAUAUCUGUUGUCUCAUUUCAAGAUGGACUGUGAGCCUUAAAUAUAAAAAAGAUUAAUGUGGUUAUGGUGGGGGUGGCAGGGCUGGCCAUUUUAAAAUCCGGAAUACAUUUUAUUUAAAGCCAAGACAUCAAAGAAAACCCUAAGUAUCCCGGAUGGUUGGUUUGUUUUAGACAUUCUCACUAGUUUCAUCAUGUGUCAAGUGAUCACCAACAGACCCUUCCCCACCUAUCCAUCCACCCUUAUGCAAAAACAUGCAUGUUGAAAGUGCCAUUGAAUAGUGCCGUUGCUGUGACGCUGUCGCUAGGCAGCAUACUCAAGCGUGGAGCUCAUACUGUCUUCGUUUUUGGUAGCAGCAUUUUUGACCCCUGCAUUGAAGCCACUAGUUCUGAACAAAAGGACAAGACUGCCUGUUUUUUUAUCAAUUCAGUAAAAGGACUACACUGCAUCAAGAAAUCAGGAAAGACGAUCAAUGAGCAAAAAGGAGAAAAAGAAAUGUAAUUUUUUUGACCUUGAAGUAUUAAUUUUUCCCCUGUUUGGUGCACUUGUUUAUCUUGUUCUCUUUAUCUGCACGACACUUUUUCUUCAGGUAACAAAAUGUAGGCAGAUAUGAUCCAUGAAGAAUUCACUUUUAGUGUUUUAAGAUUUCUUUUUUGGUCAGCCUUUUUACCUGUCAGUAUUAAUUUUUGUCUCAUUUGUAUUGAAGUUGUUUGUUUUGUUGUUUGUUUGUUUGUUUGUUUGUUUGUUUCAGUGAACAUUGUGUAAUGCAUUUUUUUUGUUUGUUUUGUUUCAGUAAAAGCAGUAUUACUGCUCUCAUCCCUUACCAGUAUAACUUUACAUUUUUAGUUUUAGAGACCUUUUAUAUUUAUGUGUCUUAUUUUUGUAUUUUCUUUAUGGUUAUUUAUUACACAAUGUAGUGUACAAUACUGUAGUUUGUAUUAAUACAAUAAUAUAUUUUAGUAUGAAGAAUAAUUUCGAAGAUAAAUAAAUUCAAAGCUGGGGAAGAAACUCUAGCAUUUCAAAGUGUUUUGAAAUAGAAGAAAAAAAGUAUUAUUUUGAAUUUUUCAAAGUGCAUUGUUUGAACAAAAAUAAAACAAACACACACACCGCUAAAGAAUAUAUGAACUGUUACCUUUUUCCAUGUCAUUCACUUUCAUGUUACUGUCUCUUACCCCACUAUACUUUAAAGCUACUGAACUUCUGAAAACUAAUAGUAUGAUAUACACGCAUGAUUCUUUGCUGUUGUAUCAAAGAUUGUCCUUAACCAUGAAACUGUGCUGCCCUUUUGAACUAAGCCAAAACGUCAUCAAUGUUUGUUUUUUUUAUGUUUGGUUGUGCCAAUUCGUAACACUCUUUGUCUACAUCAAUGCAACGUCUUUUAUAUGUCCCUCUUUUAACCUUUUUAGUGAUAGCUUUUUGUUUGAUUGUUUUAUUUUGUUUUUUAAUGACUCCCCAUCUCACAAUAAAAUACAUCAA